GCAGGAAAUUAUUUUUGCAACAAUUGUCUAAAUACGCGAUGCCAUCAACCAGUGUGCCAUCAAAUCAGCCAAAUUCCGGUGUUUUUAAUACCAGUGCUAAUAAUACUAAUAGUGUCUAUAGAGAGGUUAGUGUCGUCUCUCUGCCCACUCUUUUGGCGUUCAAUUACCGGACCCGACAUCGAUUACAUACCAACCAUGAGAUUAUACAACGUAAAUCGCGAGAGACGAUGGACGGGUCAGUCGAGUUCAUGGAGACUCUGCCGCCCACUAAUGAUGGCGUUAGACUACCACAAGUUCAUUAUGUCAACUCCGAUCACUUGGGAUCAGCUUUUGCAGCCAUGAACUCAAUGAGACAAAACAAUCAGUUGUGUGACAUCAGUCUGGAAGUGCUCGACAACAGUACUGCCAGGUCUUUGACACCAAACGGCUCUGUCGUUCAGUCGAUGACCAGUUCGGCACCAACGGUACCGUCUGUACCGCCGGUCAGUAUACGCCAGAUUCGGGCCCACAAAGUGGUGUUAGCGGCUGCCAGUGCUUACUUCAAUGCUAUGUUUAACACUGAAAUGGCAGAGCGUAACAAAACUGUGAUAACACUUCAUGAUCUAGACAUGACUGCCCUCAACCUUCUAGUCGAUUACGCCUAUACGGGACAGAUAUGUAUUACCGAAGAAAACGUACAGUCACUGUUGCCGGCGGCCAGUCUGCUACAGGUGUCAUCAGUACGGGAGGCGUGUUGCAAGUUUUUGUUGCGACAAUUGCAUCCAUCCAACUGUCUGGGCAUCAGGAGCUUUGCCGACGCCCACUCUUGCGAAGAAUUGCAGUCAACGUCACACAAGUAUGCGCUCGAAAACUUCCAAGAAGUGGCUCAAACCGAAGAGUUUUUGUUGUUGCCGUUCAACGAAGUCGAGAAUCUGAUUGCCAGCAAUCAGCUGAACAUUUGCAACGAAGAGAUUGUCUACGGGGCGGCCAUGGCGUGGGUUAAACACGAUAUGAAGGAACGGGAACAGCAUUUGGGUAGUCUAUUAUAUCACGUAAGACUACCGCUGAUGGAACGCACAUUCCUGUUGGAAGAAGUCAGUAAAGAGCCGCUCAUUAAGUCUAAUCAAACCGGAAAAGAUCUGUUGAUUGAAGCCAUGAUCUAUCACUUAAGUCCUGAGCACAGGCGGGCCAUGUCAUCGGUGCGAACACAACAGCGCACACCUGACGGUCUCAGGCCAUACAUCUUUUCCAUUGGCGGCGGAUCUUUGUUUGCCAUUCAUAAUGAAUGCGAGUAUUAUAAUCCACGAUUAGACCACUGGGGCUCUCUGGCACCGACAUCCCAAAGGAGAUCCAGAGCAGGUGUUGUUGCACUUAACAGAUUAGUGUUUGCUGUCGGCGGAUAUAAUGGUACAAAAGAUUUGUCUUCAGCUGAAUUCUAUGAUCCACUUUUCAAUAAAUGGACAAACAUUAAGCACAUGGGAACUAAACGAAGCUGUUUAGGAGUUGCAGCACUUAAUGGGCUCAUCUAUGUUGCCGGAGGUUACGAUGGUGCUUCGUGUCUGAAUAGUGUUGAACGUUAUGACCCAUUGGUUGCCGAAUGGUCUUCAGUUCAGGCAAUGGAAACCAGAAGAAGAUAUUGUCGUCUUUCAGUACUCGAUGGCUGUCUAUAUGCAGUCGGUGGUUAUGAUGGCUCUAAUUAUCAAUCAUCUGUUGAACGAUUUGAUCCUCGAGAGGGCAAAUGGCAAACCAUACCAGCGAUGAUCAAUCGUCGGAGCAGUUGUGGUGUCGCAGCUCUCGACAGAAUGCUGUACGUCGUGGGCGGUAAUGACGGCUCUCUUUGUAUGUGUAGUGCUGAGCGCUUUGAUCCGGUCAGGAAUGCCUGGGAAUCGGUGCCAUCGAUGCACUCCAGAAGGAGUACCCAUGAAGUGGUCGAAGCACAGGGUCUUCUAUACGCCAUAGGAGGCAACGAUGGCAGCAGUAGUUUGAAUACUGUCGAAACCUACGAUCCAUUGACCAGCAAAUGGACAUUAGUGUCGUCAAUGAUGCUCAGGAGGAGUAGUGUCGGUGCAACUGUUCUCGAGUGUCCCGUUCUCGAGGAUAUAUUUACCACAAAAACGCAUGAAAUCACUGCCAGUAAUAAUACAUCGCUAAGCAAUUCAACAAUUUCUACUUCAACUGAAUCUUAAUGAAAAAAAUAAAUAAUUUUUCACAUAAUUUAUAAACAAAUAUUUGCUAACUUUUUUCAACAAAAAAAAUAAUUUAUAAUUUUGUAUUUUAUAAAAUCAA